AUGAAGGCCGAUGAAGAAGCCCGCGCCAAGAUGGCAGCGGGAAUGCAGAUGCAGCAGGAGUCUGAUCUCCAGAAGAUGCAUGAGCAGAAACAGCAGCAGCAGGAGAUGGAGGAGCGGAAGCGGAUUAUGGUCCGCUCCAUUUUGGAGCCGGAGGCCUUGGAGCGGCUCUCCCGCAUUGGCCUGGUGAAGCCGGAGAAGAAGGAUCAGGUGGAGAUGAUGCUCCUGCAGCAGGCGCAGAGCGGUCGCAUCACAGAAAAGAUCAGCGACUCGCAGCUUUCGCAGCUCAUAGAGAAGAUGAGACUUCGACGGCAAAAGUCACAUCCCUGUUUGCAUUUCAGCAAUGUCAUGUUCCCCAAAGUUUCAGUGAAACUGCUGGGGACGUGGGAGGAAGACUGA